GUUUGGAAAAAUGAAUUGUUGAGCGAAUCAUUUGGGAGUCAUUGAGCAAGUAAGGUAAAAAAUUGUCCAAUUGGUAACUGCAGGAUGGAUGACACCCAUGAAGAUUGACAGGUGACAGGACCAAUGACCGGUAACUAAGAAAGUGAAAGUAAAUAAGAGAAACACACACAGCACAAACACGUAGCCAUAACGAUCACAUUUCAUACAAUAGGUUUGGUCUCUAAAAAAGCACUGCCCUCAAAGGUGCGGCAGAAUGAAAUACUUUAUAAAUGUUUAGAGGAAUUGCUCUAGCUUCCACUUUUCACAGUGACCAACAGCUUCACAACUAGUUUAAAACUCACAAAAUGGCAGAGGCAGCUAGACAUUAUGCCUUCCACGUGAGGAUAAAUGAUCGCAAUUUUCUUGAGGUCAGCCAUAACGGACACAUUAGCAUAGAAGAUCUGAGAAUAGCACUUCAGGAUCAUACUACUGGGAUGCAAAUACAGCAUGACUUCAGAAGAUUGGGAAGACACGAUGAACUAAAAAUACUUGGUUAUAUGACUAAUUACAUCCCAAACUAUCCAACACCCAUUGAAUUUCACAUCUCAGAGGUGACUCAUGUCACUGACAUAAAGGGUUUUAGAGGAAUUAUGGAGUCAAGGGGAUUCAAGGCUCAAGGUAAUGAUAAUGAGAAGUUCUCAUGGUGGAGUCUGAAGAUUGAUGAAGGGUGUAUAGAAGCAGCUGAGAAGCGUUAUUUGGAGAAGGAGUUCCCAAGCAGAUCCCAAGAACAAAAAGAAAGACAGGAGCCAUUCCUCAAAAAAUUCACCACAUCACCUGCAUUCAACACUGACAAAUCACGCUAUGGCAACUUACAAUUCACGUUUCCUCUGAAUGAAUUGAUGGAAACAUACAAGGAGCAGAUGUGUGGAGGCCAAGACCCAGUUCUCAGGGAAUAUAAGACAGUGUUUUACAAGCAGGAGAUCAUGUAUGUUGUUCUCGUUCACAGCCCUAAAGACAAUGAGAGGUUUGAGAAUUUCCCAAAGAUUGAAAAAAGCUCAUUUGUAUAUUUUGAAGAAAAUCAAAUUGUCUGGAAAGCACAAGCCAUUGGUAAUAAAAUUAAAUUUGAACUGAUAAUGAAUAGAGAAGACAGAACAGCAAAGGUUGAACCUGUGCAUAACCGUUUUUAUGUAUGGGAUCAAGUUAGCCUAGCAUUACAUUUUGAUGAUGCCUUACAGUUCCCUAAAGAAACGCUUCAAAAGAGCAACACCAGCUGUAAUGUGGAUGAAAUAAAUCUUACAAAAGGAAAACAAAAUCUGCCACUCCUUUGAAGCAAAAAAAAAAAAAAACUCAAUAUUGGGUGUUGAAACAAUUUGCACUCAGAAAUUUCACAAACAAUUAGAAAGAUACAGCAAGUAACACAUUGAAGUAAACAUUCACUUUUGAAGUAGAAAAACUGAAAUAGUAUUUAAUAGUAAAACAUACUUCUAACUGUAAAACUGUUUUAUUUACAACUUAAUAAUUAUUUACAGUGUAGUCAUAAAAGGGCGGUGGAAGUCAAAGUAAAUGUUUAAAGUGCACAUUGAUGUUAUAAAUAUAGCUUAAUAUUUUACUAGUUUCUCUCUUUUGACCUGAUUAGUGUUUUGUAAUCUUACAUACUUUUUUAAAUAAUUUCUAAGUUGUAAUUACAUUAGCAAUUUUAAUCAAGAAUCAAGUUUUUUAUAUUUUAUUUUGCUUGACAUUUGAUUUUUCUUUAUGGUGUGUCUGUAUUUUUAUCCUGUAUUUUACUUUUAUCUGUAUUUGACUAUAUUAUACAUUACUUUGUGUAAUCUUGCAUAAAUAAUUUUAAAAUAAUUUCUACAUUUUUAUUACAUGAUCAAGUUUAAACAAGAUUUAUUUAGAAACAUUAUUAAAGGAGUUUAUAGAUUUUAUUUUUCUUCUAUUAUAAGCAGUUUAAGAUAUGCUGUGUGAGUUUGUUACUUAUCUUACUUACCUGUAUGCACCUUACUAUAUUAUUACAUUGCAGUAAUUUUCAUUGUUGUAAAAGUUUAUUGAACCUUUCAGUAGAUCAGAUAAUCA